GCCGGUAGAGCGCUGUCCAGCCGCUCCCAUUCAAUCAGCCGUUGGCGCGCCGCGCGUCGUUUAUCGUGAAAACUCGUGGAAACCAUGCUGACCGUCAGUCAGCCACGGGGCCAAGAAAAGACGCUGGUUGCGUUUGGAGUCACCUUUGUGUGACCCGUGUUCGACGAGGAAAAAAUAGAGGAGGCCCGGGCCGGAUUCGAACCUCAGACCUGCGUGUCGCAACACGGUGCACUAGCGCGCGCGGCCACCACGAGUGCCCCGGUGAUGACUGCUUGGGGCGAAAUGACGCCACGCCCGUCGAAGGCCGUCGCUGAGCUCGAAUUGCGGAUGACUCCCCGACUUGACCGAGCGCCUCUUCCCCGGUAGACCCUAGGCUGCCCUUGGCCUUCACUGCAGGCGGUAGAAUGGCCCGCCUGCUCUUCCUGGUGUGCUCCGCCGCCUUCCUCGCGGGGCACGGCGUCUCGGGCACCGCGUCGGAACUGGCGAGCCUGGUGCAGCCUGCCGUGCGGGGAAGUCUGCUGGCGCGGCUGUCCGACGCGCUGCCCGCCGUCAACGCCUCUUGCCAGUGUAGCCAGCAGACCCGCCAUGUCGUCCGGGCCGCCCUCGACGGCCACCUCUGGGCACUCAAGUGGGUCGACGCCAGCGCCCGCCUGCCCGCCGGCCUGCUGAGCGGCAACGUCAACCAGCUGGGCGACUACGACGAGUGCCUGGGCCUGGACCUGCUCGUCGACGCCUGGCCCGACUACAAGGCCGACUGCCCCUCCAGCGGCGUCGCCCGGCCGGCGUACUGCCUGGCGUCCGUGGCGCUGGACGUCCCGGACGAGAACCCCGCGCUGGCGGAGAUCAGCAGGCUGCUGCACUCGCACACGCCGUUCAGAAGCAGCUUCAAUGACAUCGGGCACCGCGUGCCGCGCUUCUCCGCCGCGUACUUGGGGGUGUGCGCGCCGGCCGCCUGCUCCGGCGAGGAGCUCCGCGCCGCCAUGGAGUACGUGCUGAACACCGCCACGGCCGCCGCGGCCGCCAAGGGCCUCGCCUUCCGGGCGUCCGUGCCGCCGGAGAUGUGCCGCGCGCAGGGCCAGCAGGAGCCCGCGGACAGCUUCGGCGCGUGGCUGGCUAGGUGCGCGCUCUGGUGGACGGUGGCGGCCGUGGCCGUGGCCACCUUCAUCGACGUCGUCUGCCUGGACAAGGAGGGCCCCGCCGCGCUGCUGCGCAUCGUGCACUGCGUGUCGGCGCGCCGGAACUGGCAGCGCAUGACCUCCACCGCUGGCGACAAGGACGGCGAGGUGGCCGUGCUGAACGGCGUGCGCGGCAUCAACGCCCUGGGCCUCCUCGUGGCGCACAAGUCCGUGGCCAUGCUGUACCAGCCGUACGCCAACCGCACCGCGGCCGUGGCGGUCCUGGGCAGGCCGUGGUCCGUCAUCGGGCGCGUCGCCAUCCUCUACACCGACUGCUUCAUCCUGCUGAGCGGCGCCCUGGCCGCGCGCUCCCUGCUGCGCCAGCUGGACCGCACCGGCAGCGUCAACAUCCUGCGCCGAAUGCUGGACCGCUACGUCAGGCUGACGCCCCUGCUCGUGGCCCUGAUGGUGCUGUGCACACUGCUGCUGCCCGGCCUCGGCGGCGGCCCCAUGUGGGGCAUGGUGGUGACGCCGCACGCGGCGCUGUGCCGCCAGCACUGGUGGCGGAACGUCCUGUACGUCCACAACCUGUACGGCUUCGAGGAGAUGUGCCUGACGCACACGCACCAGCUCGGCAUCGACAUGCAGUUGUUCGCCGUGGCGCCGCUGCUGGUGUACCCGGUGUGGCGGUGGCCGCGGCUCGGCGCCGGCCUGCUGGCCGCCCUGGCCGCCUGGUCCACCGCGCUGCGGCACGGCGUCGUGCUCGACAACAAGCUCAGCACCAUCGUCUACUUCGGCGUGCCGGUGUCCGACAUGUUCCGCACGGCCAACCUAUCGUACAUCCUGCCCACGCACCGACUCACGGUGUACGUCAUGGGAGUGGCGCUGGGCUACGCGCUGCACCGCGUGCCCGAGUCCUUCCGCUUCUCCAGGGCGUGGGCGACCCUCGGCUGGCUGGUGUUCGUGCCGCUCGGGCUGCUGCCGGUGCUGGGGCCCUACGAGACCGGCACCCCCGAGUACCGCUACGACGCCGGCGCCGCGGCCCUGUACGCCGCCUUCGCGCCCAUCCUGUGGAGCGCCUUCGUGUGCUGGGGCACGCUGGCCUGCGCCAGGGACGCCGGAGGACUGCUGCAACGCCUCGUGUCGUGGCGCGGGUGGUCGGUGUUCGCCAAAUUCGCCUUCGCGCUCUACCUGACCCAGUUCCCCGUCUUCUUCUACAACGUGGGCACCACCAAGCACGUCGACUAUUAUAACAUCCGCCACUUGCUCAACAUCGGCGAGUUCGCAGUGAUCUUUGCAGCAUCCAUCGUCCUGUCCCUCACCUUCGAAAUGCCGUUCCUAGAACUUUGGAAGUUAUUCACAAAGGAGCGAAAAGAUGCCAGCCGAAUGGAACACAGCAAGCAGAAUGGAAAGGGUAAUUUAGUACAGAACGGAAAUGGUGUGCUGAAGCAGAACGGAAAUGUUAUUUUAACACAGAAUGGAAAUGGUGCGCUGAAGCACAAUGGAAACGGUGUUCCAAGAAAUGAAAAUUACACUUCCACCUCAAAGAGAAAAGCUGCUUGAAUAUAGAUUUCUCUGCAGUUUUUUGGCAAGUCAUAAGCGUGUUGAUGUGAUUAAAAGACAUUGGUCGUUACAGACCCAGUCAUGGGAUACAGGAAGACAAAACAAACUCAGAUAGGUGUAAAUAACAAAUAUCAUAUUUAUUGCAUUUGGAGAAAUAAAGAAGUAAAUGUUACAAUAGAAGUAGCAAUAGCUACCCUCUGAUUGGAACCAUUUUUGCCAAUUUUAGAUGACAUGUAAUCAUGUUCCAAAAUGAUCAUCAGAGUAACAAUUCAUUUAGUCAUCUGCAGACUGAGAAAAAAUAAAAGAAGUCCAUCCCCAAAGAUUAAGUCUUAGGGUAUUUCAUUUA